AUGAGUUCACGAGCUUUAAAAAGGUUAGAGAAACAAAGGUUAGAACAAGAACAAGAACAAGAACUAAAACUGAAAGAGAAAGAAAUUGACGAAGAGCUAGAUGAAUACUCAACGUCUCCUAAACAAGUCUCGAAAUUUAAUGCUUUUGAUUUAUUAGAUGACGGUGAUGAUGACAAUGAAUCAGAUAAUAAUGAAGAAAAACAAGUAGAACUAACAGAGCAACCAGAAAUACCGAAGAAACAAGAAGGAAUUACAUCCAAGCCAAAGAAGAAACUGAAGAAGAAAAAAAAUACUAAAUCCAAGUCAAAAACACUCGAAGUUAAUUCUGAUGAUGAAUUAGAUAAAAUAUUAGAAGAAUUAAAAUUAAAAGAUGCCCAAUCUCAAAAUAAUACAAUGCAAAGUGAUAAUUCACUUUUAGAAUCAUUUGAUUUCGAACAAGAAUACAAUCUUGCAACGGAUUCAAAAUCUUAUAAUGACUCAAAUUUCAAAUUUUUCACUACUGAAAAAUUAAAACAAUGUCUUUCAUUAUUAUCAAUUAAUUCAAUAGCCAACCUAGAUCAAGAUAAUGAAUAUAAGAAUCUUUUCGGUGACUCACUAUCACUUGAUAUAAUCCAAGAUGCAAAUUCAAGUACAUCAUUAGCUAUUUCUCCAGAAGUACUUGCUCAUUUUAAAAAACUAGCAAAAUUGACAAGAAAUUGGGGAGGUAAAGAUAGAAGAAAUGUACCAGGAACAACCAGAAAACUCCUCCUUUCCAAAAUUAGAGAUGAUUGGUUACCAACUCAAACUAAACCUAUGAAUAUGGAAGAAUUGAAAAGCAUUGAUGAAAUAUUGCCUUAUUAUAUGUAUAAAGAAGAUGAUUUAGAUGAAGAGAGCAUAAUAGUUAAAUUAACUAAAGAGAGGGAGUUAGGUGUACGUCAUUUCAAAUUUAAUAAGUUGAAUAAUAUUUCUGAUCGUGUUGCAAAUACUCGAUUUUAUGCUAGUGUGGUAAUGACUCCAGAUCCAGAAACAUUAAUGACUCAAUUACAACAAUAUCCAUACCAUGCAGAGACUUUAUUACAAGUUGCAAUGGUUUUACUAAGACAAGGAGAUAAUAAAGCAACAUCAAAUGCACUAAUAGAAAGAGCAAUAUUUACAUUUGAUAGAUCCGUAAACAAACUGUUUCAUGAAUUGUUACAAAGUGCAAACAAUGGAUUGAUUAGACUUCCGUUUGAAUCAUUCAUGAAUCGUCAAUUUUACUUGUGUUUAUUUAGAUACAUCAUAGCAUUAGGGGAGAGAUCAACAUUUUUCACUGCGUUAUCAUAUUGUAAGUUUUUAAUGAGUUUAUCACCUGCUGAGGAUCCAAUUGGAGUACGUUAUUUCAUUGACUUUUACUGCAUAAUGGCUGAAGAACAUAAAUAUUUAAUUCAACUUGCAAAUUCACCAUUGACUACAACUUAUCGAAGAUGGUAUACUCCAGGAAUUGCUUUUUCUACAGUGCUUGCCCAUUUGAAAUUGAAUCAGGAAGAUGAAGCCAAACAGGCAUUGAACAUAGCAUUUGAGGCACACCCUUACACUGCUUAUAAAUUAUACAACUUGAUUAGCAUACAUAAUGACCUUACUAUUAAAGAAAAAGACAUAAAAACAACAACAGAAUCAGAAAUUGUCUCAGAAUCAUACUUAAUUCGUGCUAAUAUAUUAUGGAAUGAUUCAAAAGAUCGUGAAUUUUUAACAAGUAACUUGAAGUCAUUAUUCAAUAGUUAUAAAUUCUCAAAUGGUAGUAUCAAAGAUUCAAUCUUUGGAUUCUUAGGAUUAAAAAAUGAGGAAAAUGAAUCUGAAAUACCAAUUAAUUUAAUAAGGUUUGCCAUUUUAUCUGGUGAGAAUAAAUCAAUGGCUAAAUUACCUAAUAAAAUAUGGUCAGAAACUUUUGAAUACGAUUUAUUUCCACCAAAGCAAGAAGGUGAUAACUUUGGUGGAUUGUUUCAAGGUUCAAAGAUUGUUGACACUUUAAUUGAUUAUGUUGAUCAGGGAUUAUUAGGAAGUAUUAUUCAAAAUAGAACUGCUGAUGAUUCUGGAUUUGAAGAAAUUUUAAGACAAUUAGAGUUAGAGAAUACAAACGGUGGAAAUGUUGAAGACGCAAAUGAGAAUGAAUAA